GGUAGAAGCAGUUCAUUUAGUACCUGGUUUGAUAGGAAUACUGUGCCAAUAUAGUUUAACAGUUUGAUUACAGAAAUGUUCAAUGUGAAACAGCAAGUGAGAAAAUUAAGGAUUGAUUAAAGACAAACCAUCCUUAUUUUCUUCUUUUUAAAAAGGCAAAAGUUAUAAACAAACUUUAAUUAAUGCCUGUUAAGCGUAGACGGUAUAAACAGUGCCAUCGACCUAAAUGAAUUAUAAACCAGUUAAAAUACAUAUUUUGCGAAAGGGUUUUGAAGACAGUGAAAAUACUUUAAAGGCUAUAGUUUGAAAUAUUAAUUUUACUAAGAUUAUUUCAUAAAUAACACUAUGGUUUUCGUGCGUGCAUUUAUUUGCAUUAUUACUUCUUUCCAAAUAUUAUUGAUAUCGGAUAUUUUAGCAGCUCGUCUUUCAUACCAAGACGAACAAGGAUGGCGGUUCAAGCCGAUCUAUUACAACCGAGAAGAAUUGCAGUUGAACUAUACCCGAUAUAAAUCACACAACACAUCCUUGAAUAUUUCAUUUCAUGCGCUUAACAGGGACUUCUUCCUGAACCUACAUGCGAUUCAGCCAUCCAGCAUAGAAUACACCGUAAAUGAGAAUCAUACAAAAUCCUCUUCAUAUGAAUCAUCAAUACUUGUUGGACAAGUCACAGGCCUUCGGGACAGUCUCGUUACAUGCACCGUCCAGAAUGGAAUUUUGCAGGGUAUUAUUUCAUCAAAAGGGCAGGAAACAUUUUACAUCCUUCCCACAUCUUGGGUUUUCAAAAGCCCAGCAAUCUUUUUGUCUGUAAUAUACUCAGAACAUGAUUUUAAAAGAGAUUCUUCAUUACAUCAGUUCAUCAAAACCCCUCCUAAGUCAUUUAUAUCAUUACAGCACUUCCAUGAAGGUCGAAAACCUAUCUUCUCACGAGGAAUGGGACUGCCACUGGAAAAAAGGUCAAUCGCAGAAGAAACAAGUAGCAAAAAUACCGUAGAAAAUUUUCAGAAACGCGUCUGUACAAUCAAAUUUACCACUGACCCGUUCGUUUGGAGGCAUGUCAUGGACAAACAUGGACAGAAUAAGAUACGAGCGGUUAAUGAAAUCCAUUACAUGAUAAGAGACCACAUGAAAGUGCUGAACGACGUUUUUGAAGGAACAAAGUUCACUGUCAAUCAUGGGAAGGCUGAUGAGUUUACAAUUAAUGGCUUCCAGUUUGAAGUUGGUGAAAUUGUGAUUUGGAAUGAACGUCACUGUACAGAUGACAUAAAUUUGUGCACAGAGAAAUUGACACAUAUUGAGCUUCUGGAUUUGUUCCAUGUUAUACAAUAUGACCAUAACUUUAAUGAUUACGACUAUGAGUAUCCAGAUUACAACUAUACCGACGGCGAUUACAACACAAAUACAGAUCACAAUUUCACUGAUUACAAAGACAGCGACUAUCCGGCGACGUCAAAUAUACAAAAGCAACACUACUGCCUUUCAGUAUUAUUCACGGCUCGUUCGAUCACCCAUGGCCUUACGCCGGUGCCCAUUUAUGGGCUAGCAUACUCACCCAACGACGAAAAUCCACACACAGGAAUUUGUAGUCCCGUCAAUGUUGCCUUUGUUAAUCUGUAUGUCAGUGAAAAGGUCCCUUACCAACCCAAUACAAUGACAAAACUGGUGUUUGCUCACGAAGUCGCCCACACAUUUGGUGCUCCGCAUGAUAAUAAUAAAACCGCAUGCGGCGAAUAUUCGGUUCUAAAGGAGUCAGAUGCAGGCUACUUUCUCAUGCACGAAGUUGCGGUGACAGGAGACCUGAGAAACAAUUUCAAGUUUUCCAAUUGUAGUUUUGAUAAAAUCGGAACUGUUCUGGCUAGAGAAACUUCAACAUCGUGUUUCAAAGAACACAAGAUAUCAAUAUGCGGAAACGGAAUUGUUGAGGAAGGGGAGCAGUGUGACUGUGGUUCCAGAUGCCACCUUGACAACUGUUGUCAUGGCAGGGGAACUAAACACGAAUGUGCUCUUAAACAAGAUGCACAGUGCAGUCCAAGCCAAGGACCUUGCUGUAGUAGAGAUACCUGUCAGUACUUUAUGAAAUCUGAAAACAUGGUUUGCGAGAAUGCUGCCUCGUGUGUUGACACUCUGUACUGCGAUGGUGAGAGUGCUACAUGUCCAAUGCCGUUUGACAACCAGAUGAGUCCAGAUAAUACAACAUGUAGAACAGACAACGCAAGAAUAGGGGUGUGCAAUCAAGGGAAUUGUAAUAGAUCUGUGUGCGAUUUGAUUGGAUGGCACGAAUGCGAGUUGGCGAAUGGUGCAACGAAACUGACUAUAAAGGAAAAGGAAGAACUAUGUUAUGUCGGAUGUCAAAAGACGAAGUCAUCGCAAUGUAUCAGCACAAACGGCGCCAGUGCACGUGCGCAGUUCCCCGAACUUGACCAUCUUCUGACAACGAUUGCUGAGCGGGAUGGAUGGGAAGACACGAGCAUCCGUGUACCCGUGGGUACACCAUGUAACCGUAUGACGGGAUACUGCGACGUGUUCCAACGUUGUAGAGGAGUGGACCCCGACACACCUCUCGCAAAGUUGAAGAGGUGCUUCAAGCAAGGCGGGGAUUGUAUCUCUGUGUUUAUUGACUUUUUAUCGAGUAAAGUUGGUCUUUUCACACUGGCCAUUGUUGCUGUUGUAAUAUUGACAUUUACUUUGGUGAAAUGCUUGUCUAUUCACACCAAGAGCAGUAACCCACACUUAGAACUCAAACAUCCACACAGAUCUGUUCGAGAGUCUGCUAUAAAUGUAAGACAUUCAGUCGUCCGUAUGGGCGGCUCAGUCAGACAUUCAGCAUCUCAUGUGAGGACUUCAAUGAGAAACUCGUUUAGAAAUUCACAGAGACAAAGUCGGACACUUUCGAGAGAAAAUAGUAGAAAUGUAAACGAUGAGGUUGUGCAUGAGUUGGAACAACUAAGUCCAAAGUAGGAACUUGUGGUAAAUCAAAAAGCCGCAAAACACGUGUUUAUGUGUUCUUUCCCAAGAAAAAGACUGUUAAAAUGAAAUCCAAGUCUCUUUUAAAUUGUUUUGUUCAUAUUAAAAAUGAACAUCAAUAAAACGUUUACAAACCAUACGUAUAUUCAAUUUUUUAUAAACAAUUAUAUGUGUAAUACAUAUAUUUAUUUAUAUAUGAAACCUUACUGAAACAUACUGUAAGGUCAAACUUAUAAUAUCAGCAAUAGGCUUCAAGAUUUUACUUACAUUUAUGAAUAUGCUACUGUUUUAAUCAGUUGAAGCCACAACAUAAUUUGUAUGUAUGGCAUUUUCUUGAUUAAUCGUGACAAAUGUACUGUUUGCUGGUGACAUAUAACUGAAACGUAAAGCCAGAUGCCAUCUUUGUGUACUUCGUCAUCAAAACUGCAGUUACUUAAAUAAUACCCGCAUUUAUUGCAAAUAAACAUACACAGAAAAUAAGAAACAAUAGCACAGUUAUGAAUGCAACUCGAGUAUGAAUUACAGUCCUUUGCGUUACAUGUUUUACAUUUUCAUUUAUUUUCCUAUUAUGUUAUUCAAUCAUAAAAUUGAGCCAAGGCUAUAUAAAAUGUGGUAAAAGCUU